GUCACUUUUCUCUCUUCAAUGCUCUCUGCAGGCGCAGCACUUUGUCGCGGCCACUCGAGCCUGCUGCUGCGGCUGCCCUCGUCCUCUGCCUCUGCCUCUGCCUCUGCCUCUGCUCGCCCAGCUGCCCUUCCCCGCGCCGCACUGAGCACGACAGCCACUGUUGCAGCAGCAGCAGCAGCAUCAGCCGCCGCGAAGCAGAGCAGCCCAACGACGACGACGACGACAAAGACGAGCCGGCCAUCUGCUCCACCAGAAUCGCGCGAUCUCGCUAUUUCGCCCGCGCAGAUCGCCAAGCGCGCCAACGCCGUGCUGAAGGCGUCGAGUGUCAGCCCACGUCAUCCCUCUGCAAACAACCAGUACCAUGGCGCAGGCCGAUCAGGCCCGGCUGGAUCGCGCUCCUCGGCGCAGCAGCAGCACGAUGGUGGUCAUCGCCGUCCGUUCGUUGCUCGAGCAUCCUCAGGGUCAAGACCACAACAGCAGCGGCCACAAGGUGCUGCUACUACUGCUACUACUGCUACUACUGCUACUACUGCUGCUGCUGCUACUACUGCUACUUCUGCCAACACGCAGCUGCCUCCAAGCGCGACGCAUGCUGCUGGCUCAGCCCCGCCUGCGGCUGCUCGCAUUCCCAGAUCACAGCGCUUCCAGCCGAAUCUCGCACUGGCUGCUGACUGGCUCGCGAAGCACCGCGAGUGGAUUGCAAAAAACAUACCUCCGGCCUCGCCAGACGCUCCUGUCGAUCCGCAGGGCCGAGAUGCGCCGUCCAGCCAUUCGCAUUUGUUGCACUUGCCUGCAGAGCUGUCCGAGCCGAUUUCGCGCCAGUGGCUGCAGCUGGUGCAGCAGUGCUUGCUUGGUGACGACGCCGUCUACGGCGACAUUAUGGAGGUGGUGAGCGCGCUCAAUCGAGCCAUCCUUGCGCACACACCCGCCUCGUCGUUCGAACUCCAGGUGUACGGAUCGACUGUUGGCGGAAUGGCGCUGGAGCUGAAGCCCUUCUUUGACCUUGUUCGCUCUAAUUUGGCCCAGAACUCGCCCGAUUCGAGCAGCACUGUAACUUCCGCGCCGUCGCCCUCUGCCCCUCUGCCCGCGUCUUCCGCUUCUUCCACUGCUGCUGCGGCCACAAGCUCGAGCCCCGCGACUCCAUCGUCACAAGUGGCCUCAACUGAGGCUGCUGCCGAUAGCUCAACCCCCAGCGCAUCGCCAAACGCGGAAGCAAAGUUGAACGGCGUGCUGCUCAAGCAAGUCGCUGCCAUUCAACCCAAAAAGCGCUCCCAGCACGCCGUUGACAUUGACAUUUCCCUGCACGUUCGCUCCUUCCAAGAUUUUGUCUUGCCAGCUCCGCAGUUGCGGCCAUUUGAGGCGCAGCGACUUGUUCCCGACCCGCUCCUCAAAGACGAUCUUCGCGCCUCCAUCCUUGCUGCCGUGGGUGCUGGACUGAUUGCCGAUCCGUCGCACCGCUUCCGUUCUACCAUCCUCGUGUCCAGCUUCCGGUGCCCGCUGCUCGAGGUUAUUGAUUCCAAGACCGACCUCCAGAUCGAAAUCUCGUUUGACAACCGCAUGGCGGCCAUGAACACUUUCUUUGUCUCUGCGUUUGCUCAUUCGUCCCCCUCCAACUUCCGCUUCAUCCAACUCCUGCGGUUGUGGGGAAAGACCACCAACUUGUCGAAAACCGCCCGCGUCACAUCGUAUGCGCUCGCCUUGAUGGGCAUUCACUUUCUGCAGCAGUUUGGCUAUGCACCAAUCCCCAAUCAAGUGGAUGCGCUCCGCUUGCACACGGCGUCCAAUGCGGAAGUCCAGCAGACACUCAACCGCCACCCCAGGUCCGAGCUGGUGAAUGGCCACUUUGUCGAGUUUGCCACCGAGGGUUCGCUGGACAAGCGCGUGUUUGAGAUGACCACGGACAAGCCGCAGUUCAACCUGGCAGAGAUGCUCCACAACUUUUUCUUGUACUAUCUCCAGUUUGACUUUGUCAACUACGCCGUCAGUGUGACCUCCCCCGCCGUCCGCAUCAACGAGGUGCUGCCAAAGUUGGCGCAGGUCAGAUGCCUCGAGUGCCGUCUCGGCCGCGAGCAUGUGCCACAGUUUGCUUGCACCCUCAACGAGGACUCGUUCUCGCGCAACUUUUUGAAUGUGCUCGAUCCGCAUCAGCUUGACCACAACACCACCAAGCUUGUGAACGGCAAGAACCUGGAAGCUCUCCUCGACACAAUGCGAACAUCACACGAGGCUCUCGUUGGACGCGAUCUCUCAGCCGCCGCCAUUUUGUUGGAUCAUCGCUACCGCCUCUCCAAGAAGGCUCGGCCUCAGUCGAAUGUAGCGCCUGCUGCGCAGAGCGUUGAAGGCACUCCGGAAAGCAGUGCAUCCGUGGAUGGCAGUGCAUGAGAUCCUGAUUGCUUGUUCAAUGCAUCAUAAUAAACAAACAAACACAAAGAAAAAGAAGAACAAAACAAAAAUCGCCAUUCUAAUACAUGAUGAACGUUCUGCUUUUC